GAGGCAUCUCAUUCUACAUCUGUGCUCAAGCAUAUCCUAUUGAUCCUCAUAAACUGUCAUGUCUCCUCGUGUCUGGCUCAUUACUGGCUCCAACUCUGGCUUAGGUCUUGCCCUCACUCGCUACGUCCUUUCUCAAGGCGACAAGGUCAUCGCUGCCGCGCGAGAUAUCUCGAAAAUUCCCGCGUCGAUCAAGGACGCCCACGCGCUUCCCUUGGACCUCAACGCUCCUGCAGCUGAGAUCCACUCGGCUGUGAAGAAGGUGCUAAGUGCUUAUGGGCACAUCGACGUCUUGGUCAACAAUGCUGGUUACUGCUUGUCAGGACCCAUCGAGGAGCUGAGCCCUACCGACAUACAAGCCCAAUUCCAGACCAACGUCUUCGGACCCAUCACGCUCAUCCAAGCUCUCCUCCCCUCCUUCCGCGCCCAAAAAUCAGGCCAAAUCCUCAACGUCUCCUCCAUCGCCGGUUUCGCAGGCGGUCCCGUCUUCGGUGCCUACAACGGCACGAAAGCAGCCCUCGAUGCGUUCUCCGAAGCGCUCGCACCAGAGGUCGCACCAUUCGGAAUCCAAGUCCGCAUCAUCACCCCUGGAUUUUUCCCAACCAACUUCCUCUCUCGAGCGAGAGAGACUCAGCCUGCAUCGGAGCGUUCCCUCGGAAUUUACACGCUACCCUCUCAGGGAUACAAUUCCGUAAAUAGAUACCAUCAGCUGCAUGUCGAACAAGGCCAGGUCGGAGACAACGAUAAAGCUGCUGCGAGGAUGUACGAAGUAGUGAGUGACACGGGUUUGGCGAAGGGCCUGAUGGAGAAGCGUAGCGGGAUCAGGGUACCGUUGGGCCCGGAUUGUGGAGCGAGGAUGUUGAAGAAGCUGAAGUCGAUCGAGGAGAACGUGAAUGUGAUGGAGCCAGUUUGGAGUUCGACAGAUGUGGAGAAGGAGAGGUUGCACGAGUUUGUGCAGGGUUGAUGGCUUGAAGUGAUGUCCUUCUACACAGCUAAAAAUGGGAUGGUUGUAUGUUUAGACGGUUUCUUGUUGUUUUGAUCAAGAGCGUAAUCUCCCAAGCUGUUAUUAUCGCUAGUCGUAAACAACAUGUCUCUUUUAACCUGUC